AGCUACAGUGUGGCUGAGAAACUAGAAUUAUCCUCUAAUCCAAAAUUCCAAUUCACAAUUGCAACGACGAGCCAAAAAACUAUGUCCGCCAAAGCUUUGCACUCGCUGCAGGCGCCGAUUGGCCGUGCGCCGUGGCGCUUAGAACGAAUCAGCCAGCACGUGGCUUCUCGGAAGGUAUUCCCUAGCUUUUGCCAUUGUGGAUUUCUCCGUAUGGAUUGAUACAACGAUGCUAAUGUAGCAGUGUCCCUUACGAAUACGAAUCAAUCGGGAUUCUUCUCUGGGGUCGCAGUUUUUGUACUGUUGGCCUUCGUUUAUGAAUCCAAGAAUAAAUUGAGACUCUCUGAUCCAUCGUGCGAUCAACCGACCGUACUUGUGGCUUGCUGCAAGGCGCUCAGUUCUCGUAUUGAUUCAUGAGAAUGUCACCGUAGGCGUAGAUCGCAGGUGUCGUUUUCUGGAUAACAGACAGUCCUACAUCCGAGAUGAGUCUUCAACAUCAAAUUCACCCGGGCACUGCAUAGUAAGUACUUCUCCCUCUCUCAAAAAUCGAGGUCACUUCUGAAGCCGCUCCGCUUGCGCAGCGAGUCGCGGGUUCCGCUUCCAGAAAGCCAAUCGUUGUGACUUUGAUAGGGUCCGGCAACAGUGCGCAUGUGUGCGCCAGUUUGUUCGAGAAGAAUACGGCGGGAAAUGUCGAGACGCAACUGUUGACCAGCGAUCCAGCGGUUUGGGUGGAGAACCCGGAAGUAGUGUUUCCGAACGGCGCGAGGCAGUACGGGAAAAUCAGCAAGAAGAGCGACAAUCCCGCAGACGUCAUCCCCAAUGCGGAUAUUGUGCUCUGGACCGGCCCGGUGUUCUGCACGGUGUCCGUUUUCGAGAAGAUCAAACCUUUUGUCGACGUGCAGCGCACGAAGAUCGGCACGAUUUUUGGGCAAGGCUUAGUCCACUUGUCCGCAUCCCGCGUUUUCGGCCCCCACGUGAAGUUCUUCGCGCUGCGCAACAUCCCCUGGCUCUGCAGACUGGUCGAGAAGGGGCGAAAGUGCGAGAUUGUCGGUCCGAAAACAACCCUCGACGUCGCACUGCUCGGGUUCGAAGAAUUUGAGAAGGAAAAUUUCCUGCAGGAACAGCUGCAUCCCUUGUUUCACUGUUUUCACGGCAUCGGGAAAGCGGAGCCGGUGCUCCAACUUCUCCCAGAUUUUACUCCGAUCGUCUUCAACCCAGCGAACCAAAUCAUCCACCCGGCGGCCUACUGGGGUCACUUCCGCAGCUUCGACGGCGUGAACGGACUACCGCUGGGUCCGGUCGUCGGGGAGUAUCUGUAUCGCGGAAUGACCGAAACGGCGGGGGAAUUACUGCUAGAGCUGGACAAGGAGUUGCAGGGCAUCAAGAACGCGUAUUCCACCGCGGUUGGACCUGAAUUUUCCAGAGGCUGCGACCUUGUGUCUCCUCUCGAAACGCGGUUACUGAAGCAGUACGGGGACCAGAUUGCGGAUAAGAGUUCCAUGGCGAAAAUGGUGGGGACGAACCAAGCGUACAGCAUGGCGAAGACGCCCCACGUGAAGGGAGCUGCGGGUCGUGAAGAUGCUUCUUCUUCGUCCGGGGUUUUUCCGGCAAAGAAUCAUCGGGUGAUGCAGGACGAUAUCGGGUGGGGGCUGUGCGUGUUACUGUCGGUUGCGGAAAAGUUGGAAAUACAGUUGAAAAAACGUAUUCCGACGACGAUGAUCCGGGCGAUGAUUGAGUGGCACCAGGUGAUCAUGGAGAAAGAUUUUCUCCGCGAUGGGAAAUUGAUCGGCGAAGAUUGCGAGAGUGUGGUCCUGCUGCGACCGACGGAUCCUUUAGAGGCUGUCUCCGGGGUCGGCGGGAAGUCCGGGGUAUUGCACGCAGAUCUCUAGUGCUCCUCGAUCCAGUACGAUGAUCCAAAUGUAGAACUACAAUGGAUGUAGAUCCAUACGAGAAUACCAUGCUAUGAUGUGUAUCAUGCAUGAGAGAUGAUGAAGAACACCAUGUGAAUGAUACGAACGUGAAUGAUGUACAGGUGUAGCCAAAGUGGCUUUCCUAUAGAAGAAUAAACCAUAAGCAUUCCAUAGCCGCACGGCACGGCGAUUAACUCUGUUCUACUCGGAUCGUACUCGUUUGGGUCUUGGUUUCUAGUUCACACGGGGGGUCAAAAAGCCCGUCCGCGGGGAAUAAGAUGUCGAAGAAAGAUUGGAGCGCGGUGGCGAUUGCGGCGGUGUAUAGUACUUAAGUAAAUGGCUGGAAAUGUAUGGUUGAAGAAGAAAAUUCCAGCGCACUUUCGGAUAACAGGAUCAACGGGAAACCGACGACGCAGUAGCAAGUUAUUUUAGUCACAGGUAUAAUUUCGAAAGAGUGGUAAUAGGCAUGAGUAAGCGAAUAAAAGUGAAAACGCAUCAAGAAAUUUUUGAAACGCUGUGUAUCGUGUGUCUUUGUGAAAAACAGGGACACAGAGGAAGAAAACAAAACGCGAAGAUCAUGAAAAGAAAUACAUAGAAGCUGUAGAGAACAUUAACGUAAUAUGUCAACGUGCAAGGCAAACCAAAGAGGUGUCGUCCUUUCAAGCGCAUUCUCGUCCACAAUCGUUCUCGCCAAUACGGUGUACUCUUGAUUGUUCUGCCUCACCAUUUCGUCCAUGAAAAUCUCAUUUGCAAUCGUGACAUG